UAGAGACGAGGUCUCACUGUGUUGCCCAGCCUGGUAUCGAACCUCUGGGCUCAAGCGAUCCUCCCGCUUCGGCCUCCCGAAGUACUGGGAUUACAAGCGUGAGCCACCGCGCCCUGCCCAGUGGAAUACUUUCAACGGUGCUUCUGCACUGACUUCCCAUCUUCCAACCCAUCCACAAACUGCAGCCAAAAUGAUGUUACUACAGUAACAACUUGGAGAAAGCAGUGUGGUUUAAUCUGGAAGGAGCAGAAGCUGUGGAGUCCAAAGGACCCGUGUUCCUAUCCUUGUUGUGCCACUUGACACGUUUCGCACAAGGGUCUCCAGUGUUAGUUCACCGUCUCCAGCAAUCAGGAUGACUCCCUGAAGGGCUGUCAAACGAAACAAAGGCGCAAACUGAGACAAUUCCAUUGUUUACGUAACUUUCGCCAAAUCGGCUCCUUCCUACGAAAUAUCCAGCUCAUAGAGCAGGCUGAGAUGCUUUGUUGCUUUAAUUCUCUUUAAGAGUCACAGCUGUCCAUUUUCCACGUGCGGCUGAAGAAUGGAUUUCAGAGCGCUCUCCCUCCGGCCGUGUUCACCUAGUAACCCCAGCUUCGGGAUAAGGACCUGCAGCCCGGGCGCGACCCGGAAAGGGAAUCCGCCCUUUUCGCCUCCUUCGCGCCAAUCGCCUGGAGUUGGCGUUUCCGCAGCCGGGACACAGCCCACCCUCUAAGAGCCGCGGAGUCGGGGACGAUAGAAGGGGCCGCGCGUGCGCAGUGGCGUCCGCUGUGCUUCCGGUGCGCCGGCGCGGACGCGGGCACGCACACACGCAAGCACGCCUCCACUUAAUUCGCGCCGCCGCGGCAGCUCGAGUCCACCAGCAGCGCCGUCCGCUUGACCGAAAUGCUGCGGGCCUGUCAGUUAUCGGGUGUGACCGCCGCCGCCCAGAGUUGUCUCUGUGGGAAGUUUGUCCUCCGUCCAUUGCAACCAUGCCGCAGAUACUCUACUUCAGGCAGCUCUGGGUUGACUACUGGCAAAAUUGCUGGAGCUGGCCUUUUGUUUGUUGGUGGAGGUAUUGGUGGCACUAUCCUAUAUGCCAAAUGGGAUUCCCAUUUCCGGGAAAGUGUAGAGAAGACCAUACCUUACUCAGACAAACUCUUUGAGAUGGUUCUUGGUCCUGCAGCUUAUAAUGUUCCAUUGCCAAAGAAAUCGAUUCAGUCGGGUCCACUAAAAAUCUCUAGUGUAUCAGAAGUAAUGAAAGAAUCUAAACAGCCUGCCUCACAACUCCAAAAACAAAAGGGAGAUACUCCAGCUUCAGCAACAGCAGGUGAUACCCCGUCGGUCCCAGCCCCUGCAGUUCAGCCUGAGGAAUCUUUAAAAACUGAUCACCCUGAAAUUGGUGAAGGAAAACCCACACCUGCGCUUUCAGAAGAAGCAUCCUCAUCUUCUAUAAGGGAGCGACCACCUGAAGAAGUUGCAGCUCGCCUUGCACAACAGGAAAAACAAGAACAGGUUAAAAUUGAGUCUCUAGCCAAGAGCUUAGAAGAUGCUCUGAGGCAAACUGCAAGUGUCACUCUGCAGGCUAUUGCAGCUCAGAAUGCUGCGGUCCAGGCUGUCAAUGCACACUCCAACAUAUUGAAAGCCGCCAUGGACAAUUCUGAGAUUGCAGGCGAGAAGAAAUCUGCUCAGUGGCGCACAGUGGAGGGUGCAUUGAAGGAACGCAGAAAGGCAGUAGACGAAGCUGCCGAUGCCCUUCUCAAAGCCAAAGAAGAGUUAGAGAAGAUGAAAAGUGUGAUUGAAAAUGCAAAGAAAAAAGAGGUUGCUGGGGCCAAGCCUCAUAUAACUGCUGCAGAGGGUAAACUUCACAACAUGAUAGUUGAUCUGGAUAAUGUGGUCAAAAAGGUCCAAGCAGCUCAGUCUGAGGCUAAGGUUGUAUCUCAGUAUCAUGAGCUGGUGGUCCAAGCUCGGGAUGACUUUAAACGAGAGCUGGACAGUAUUACUCCAGAAGUCCUUCCUGGGUGGAAAGGAAUGAGUGUUUCAGACUUAGCUGACAAGCUCUCUACUGAUGAUCUGAACUCCCUCAUUGCUCAUGCACAUCGUCGUAUUGAUCAGCUGAACAGAGAGCUGGCAGAACAGAAGGCCACCGAAAAGCAGCACAUCACGUUAGCCUUGGAGAAACAAAAGCUGGAAGAAAAGCGGGCGUUUGACUCUGCAGUAGCAAAAGCAUUAGAACAUCACAGAAGUGAAAUACAGGCUGAACAGGACAGAAAGAUAGAAGAAGUCAGAGAUGCCAUGGAAAAUGAAAUGAGAACCCAGCUUCGCCGACAGGCAGCUGCCCACACUGAUCACUUGCGAGAUGUCCUUAGGGUACAAGAACAGGAAUUGAAGUCUGAAUUUGAGCAGAACCUGUCUGAGAAACUCUCUGAACAAGAAUUACAAUUUCGUCGUCUCAGUCAAGAGCAAGUUGACAACUUUACUCUGGAUAUAAAUACUGCCUAUGCCAGACUCAGAGGAAUCGAACAGGCUGUUCAGAGCCAUGCAGUUGCUGAAGAGGAAGCCAGAAAAGCCCACCAACUCUGGCUUUCAGUGGAGGCAUUAAAGUACAGCAUGAAGACCUCAUCUGCAGAAACACCUACUAUCCCGCUGGGUAGUGCAGUUGAGGCCAUCAAAGCCAACUGUUCUGAUAAUGAAUUCACCCAAGCUUUAACCGCAGCUAUCCCUCCAGAGUCCCUGACCCGUGGAGUGUACAGUGAAGAGACCCUUAGAGCCCGUUUCUAUGCUGUUCAAAAACUGGCCCGAAGGGUAGCAAUGAUUGAUGAAACCAGAAAUAGCUUGUACCAGUACUUCCUCUCCUACCUACAGUCCCUGCUCCUAUUCCCGCCUCAGCAACUGAAGCCGCCCCCGGAGCUCUGCCCUGAGGAUAUAAACACAUUUAAAUUACUGUCAUAUGCUUCCUAUUGCAUUGAGCAUGGUGAUCUGGAGCUAGCAGCAAAGUUUGUCAAUCAGCUGAAGGGGGAAUCCAGACGAGUGGCACAGGACUGGCUGAAGGAAGCCCGAAUGACCCUAGAAACGAAACAGAUAGUGGAAAUCCUGACAGCAUAUGCCAGCGCCGUAGGAAUAGGAACCACUCAAGUGCAGCCAGAGUGAGGUUUAGGAAGAUUUUCAUAAAGUCAUAUUUCAUGUCAAAGGAAAUCAGCAGUGAUAGAUGAAGGGUUCGCAGCGAGGGUCCCGGAAUUGUCUAGAAAUGAGCGGGUUUACAAGUACUGUUCUAAAUGUUAACACCUGUUGCAUUUAUAUUCUUUCCAUUUGCUAUCAUGUCAGUGAACUCCAGGUGUGCUUUCUUUGCAACUUGUGUAACAUUUUCUGUUUUUUCAGGUUUUACUGAUGAGGCUUGUGAGGCCAAUCAAAAUAAUGUUUGUGAUCUCUACUACUGUUGAUUUUGCCCUCGGAGCAAACUGAAUAAAGCAACAAGAUGAAAA